UUCUUUCCCAUGCUGCGACUGGUUGCAUGGCGGGGCUACCAUUGCCAUGAGCGACAAGUUAUGCCGCAUUCGCUGGGGACAGGUGCGAAGAGGACUUGCCCUCUGCCUGCUGGGAGUCUGGCAGUCUGGAUUCAACUUCAUCGACCCUGGCCAUGUGCCUUCAGCCCGUGUGGCUGGCCAAACGGCCUUGGGUGCCGAGCGGGCGAAGAACGUGCCGCGCUGGCUCUCAGAGCUACAAGAUGAGGGACUCAUCGAAGAGCCAGAUGCCAACAUGUGUGUAGUGCUCGCCUGUGAUGCGGCGAAGCGCAACGAUUGGAGCGCAGGAGAGCAAUGGCUCCGCCGCGCGUGGGGCAAUUCCUCGACACCGGACGCGUCUUCGGUGAAGAUGCUGUGGGAAGUGGUGGGACAAUACGUCCCUCUUUCUGUAGCUGAGCGCUGGCUGUCCCUUACUGCCGUGGCGCCGCAAAUGCCCUAUGUGGCGACGGCCUUGUUGCGUGCUGCUUCCAGGGGAUGUGACCUGGACACAGCGGAGAAGUGGUUCCAGGCCAUGCAGUCCUCAGAUCCGGCUCUAGCCGUGGAUCAGUCGUUGUGUUUGAGACUGCUCAGCUGUUCAUUGCAGAGUGGCAACACCUCCCUGGCGGAAGAGUGGAUCAAGAGAGCGGUGAAGGCUGGUGCGAAGACAUCGGAGAUCACCAUGCGAAUCAUGAAGGACAGCGCCGCCCGCCGUGCCUUCGAAGCCAUGAUUCGACAAACGGCCGAAGCCACUGACCUGGCUGCUGCGCGCAGGUGGUACGAUCAGGCUGUGGCAGCUGGGCUGUAUCCAUCGCCUCGGACGUUUGCAGCUUUGUUGGAAGCUGCCUUAAACGCAGAUGAUUCGACAGCUGCAGAUUACUGGUAUCAAGGAGUCGUGGCCACUCCGGGCCAACCUGCUGUUGUGUCCUUCAAUUUGCUGCUGGAUGUUGCUGCACGAAAAGGCCGAGUCAAACUGCUGAGACAAUGGUUUUCCAAAAUGCAAGAGCUGGUCAUCGAGCCUAACCCUGAGACAUUUCGCACAUUGAUCAUGGGCACUGUGAAGAGCGCGGAAGGGGACCUCGAAACAGCGGAGAGUUGGUACCAACAAGCGCUCGAGGCUGGCUUUCGGCUUAGUGCAGGGGAUUUUGAAGAGAUGAUCGAUGCAGCCUUGGUGCGGAAUGAUGUUGAAUCCGCUGCUUUUUGGUAUAAAAAGUCUGCUGACGAGCUCACAUUGCCCACUGAAGUCUUUAACCAACUCUUGUCGAGAGCUGCCCAACUGGAAGGAUUUUCCAUGGCAGCGUCGCUCUUCGCUGAGUUUGGUGUUGGCAUCACACCGAAUGUCGAGACAUUCAACACCAUGAUGCUUGCGGCUGCCAGAAACGGUGACACGGCUGCGGCGGAGAUUUGGUACACAAGGGCGCAAGGUGCCGGUUGCAAGCCGGAUGAGCUGACGUACCAGGCUCUCAUCAACGCAGCUUCGAAGAGGGGAGACCUGGCGGCGGCUGAAGCUUGGCUGAGGCAAGCAGAAGAGGUUGGCAUCAAGCCAACUCUGAAGAUGCUGAAUUCUCUGAUGGCAGCAGCCUCCAGGGAUGGCGACUUUCAACUUGCCAGUGGAUGGUUCCACCGGAUGGAGGGCUUUAAUCUUCAACCAGAUGUGGUGUCCUACACCACUAUCAUCAGCGCAGCCGCCAAGUCGGGGAAUCUCGCAGUGGCAGAGCAAUGGUUCCAGGCUGCAGUAGCACAAGGAAUCGCUCCCAACGUAGUCACGUUCACAUCCCUCAUUGAUGCAGCGGUGCGGAGCGAAAAUGACGAAGCCGCGCGGCAUUGGUAUGAGACAGCGCUGAAAGCUGGUGUCCAGCCCACCAUCCGCACCUUCAACACCCUGAUGAGCGGUCCUGCCAGGCAAGGGGAUGUGCCAUCUGCAGAGAAGUGGUUUCGUGCUGCCCGUUUCAUGGGAGCGAUCCCAGACCGGGUGACCUACAACACGCUGAUGAACGCUGCGGCUCGCGCGGGUGAUUUGGCAUCAGCAGAGAGUUGGUAUGAGAAAGCCUUGGGUGCUCGUGUCGACCCCAACGUGGUGACCUUCACCACCCUGAUCUCCGCUGCGGCCAACCAGGGACGCCAGGGACGCUUAGAGGAGGCGGAAGCAUGGUUUUGCAAAGCCACGCAGAAGCGCGGACCUGGCAUUCGACCUAAUGUGGCCAUGUACAAUGCGCUCCUAAGUGUGGCAGCCAAGAGCACGGGCGAUGCAGCAGAGAAAUGGCUUCGACAUAUGGAGGAGAAUGGCAUCCUGGCAGACAAGCGGACCUUCGGCAUUUUGAUCGAUGCCUGCGCCAAGAGAGGCGAUCUGGACACCGCGGAUUUCUGGUUACAACGCGCGGAACUGGCAGGCAAGAAGCACGAUGCCAUCACCUUCCGAGCAUUGCUGAAUGCUGCCGCGAAACAAGGCAAUACGACUUUGGCCGAAUCCUGGUACUCAAAGGCUUUGGAGCACAAGAGGCAGCCAGACAUUGGAACGUUCAACAACCUCCUUCAAGCUGCUGUUCGCCGCAGCGGCAUCCGGGCCGUUCGGCCCUGGUAUGAUCGAGCAAUAGCCUCUCAGGCCUUGCCAGAUGAAACCACUUUCAGCAUCGCUGUGCAUGCUGCUGCGCGAGCCCACAACUUCACUUUGGUGGUGGAGUGGCUACGUGAGGCUUCCCAGCAAGGUGUUGAGGUGGAGCGUAUUGCUUCUCGGGUUUUGGCCAAGGAGGUGGCUCAGAGAGCGUUCCGUGCCAUGAUCCAGAAGGCUGCCAAUGAUGGUGAUCAUGUCGCAGCUCAGCAGUGGGCGGAGACGCUGGCCACAAGCUAUUCGACUGAUUUUACCGCUUUCCUCAAGAGUUGCAAUCUGAAAAAAUCUUUGGAACGGCUUAGGCGGGCCAUGCAAUCUGACACGCAACCGCUGGAAAGCGCGCCGCUGGACGGCGGGCAGUCGCCUGCUGAACCGCAGAAAACAAGGGCGCAGAUGAGCCAAGUGUUUGAAGAACAAGGCACAAGGGUUGCAGCUGACCAGCCACGGGUCGGACAGGUGCCGGUGCGACAGCUGAUACCCAUGGAUAUCCUGGUGGAGGUCGGCGAAACGACGCAGCUGAUUCCGGGGCAGGAGGAAGCGGCGGUAACAUCCAAGGAGAUCGAGAGUGAUAAGAUCCCCUGGCAGGUUGGGGCUGAGAAUCCGAUCCCAGAGGAGAUGGCCAAGUCCCUACGCGUCAUGGAACGCAUCGUGUCCCAGAACGUCUUCCAUCGCCAACACAUGAUCUAUCGGAACUAUCCAACUCUGGAGGAGUUGGCCCGUUUAGACGAGAUUCGGAUGGAAGAAGCGUUGGGAGGCACCUCAGGCUUCGAGGCUGCCAUGGAAGCAGUGGCAGAGGACAGCAGCCAUGCUAACCCAUGCUAUUACCUUGCCAUGGGGAGCGCCGAUAUGCCGGAUAUGGGAGAUGAAAUGGGUGAUGACCUGGUCGAGGAUGUCGCUGAAGGGGAGGAUGUGGACAAGCCAGCCUUGCAGGACCUCUUCUGCUUCGACGCGCCGCAGUUGACGCAAGGGAUGACUGUGACCUGCGCCGAGUGGAACAGCAACAACAAGGACCUGUUGGCAGUUUCCUAUGGUGACACGGCGCCGGUGCCAAUCAAUCCAGGCGGCUUGGUCCUGUUUUGGUCCUUGAAGAACCCCACAUACCCUGAGAGGGUCAUCCGAACCAGACAGGGGGUCACGACCCUUCAUUUCUCUUCCAUCCACCCGAACAUGGUGGCCGCUGGAGCUCACGAUGGUUCAGUGAUGAUUUGGGACCUGCGCCGGCCGUCAGAUGCUCCUGUCCUGCGGAGUGGCUCAUCAGUGUCGUCGCACAACGACCAAAAGCACACGGACAUCGUGUGGGAGACCAGAUGGGUGGACCAAGGGCCUGAUAAGCAGCCGGGACCUUGGGAGCCGAUUUGGUCGAAGUUCAGCGUUGAUCCCUCCUUGGAGGCCAAGAUGCAUCAGUACCAGAUCGUGGGUCGAGCUGCGCCAACCAACAAGAAUCCAACACCCAAGAUCUACCGGAUGCGUAUCUUCGCGCGCAACGUGGUUUUGGCCAAGUCCCGCUUUUGGUAUUUCAUGAAGAGGUUGAACAAGGCGAAGAAGAGCGGCGGUGAGUUGUUGGCGGUCAAUGAGCUCUUCGACACGUCACCAACGAAGGUCAAGAACUAUGGCAUUUGGCUCCGGUAUGACAGCCGAACCAACACCCACAACAUGUACAAGGAGUUCCGCAACAUCAACAUCAACGGGGCCGUGGGACAGCUCUACCAGGAAAUGGCUGGCCGCCAUCGUGCAGACCCUGGAUCCAUCCAGAUCAUCCACGCCGCCACCGUGAGCGAUGAGAAUUGCCGGCGUGAACACGUCCUGGAGAUGCACGACAAGGGGCUGAAGUUCCCCAUCGUCCGGCCGGCACCUAAGCAACGAGAGCAACAAGAAGCGCAGGCGUCUGCAGCGGACCAGGUUUGGCACUUUUCACCACCACAGAGCUACCUGCGCCAUGCAGGGGUCGUCUCGAAAAUGGCUGCAGCUGGUUACAGCUGGGGGGCUAUCGGGCCUCCAGAGCUGUUGGUCUCGGUGAGUAGCGAUGGGAAUGUCCUCCAAUGGUCGCUGAAGAAAGGCUUGGAGCAAAUGUUGCUGAUGCCUUUGAAGAGAAUUCCGAAUCCCUACCUCGGUGCGAACUGCGUGUACAAACACAAAGAGGGAAUUGUCUCCCGAAAGAGUAGCGGAUUCUGUAUUGACUUCCCAAGGCAUGAUCCAUCCACCUACCUGGUGGGCACUGAGGAUGGUCUGGUGCACCGAUGCUCCACGUCCUACAAUGAGCAAUUCCUGGAUACCUACUACGGCCACUCUGGCCCCGUCUACAGAGUCCGAUGCAAUCCAUUCAUGUCCCACGCGUUCCUGACAUGCUCGGCCGACUGGACUAUGAAACUCUGGACCACGAAACCGCCACAUGGUCAUCCACCUGAGACGCCAUUGUUGACCUUCCAAUCAACAGACCUCUAUGAUGCGGUAAACGAUGUGGUUUGGGCGCCACAAAACUCAACAUCCUUUGCAGCGGCGAUGGACGAUGGCCGCAUUGAGUUGUGGGAUCUUGCGGAGAAACCGCUCGAUCCAAUUGUGGUGCACUACCCACAGGCUGAGAAGCCACAAAGGAGACGCACCUGUGUCCGCUUCUCCCCCAACUCACCAGUGCUGGUGGCUGGGGAUGAUCAAGGCAGCGUCGAUGUGAUGAGGAUGUACAACACCAACCAGUCCUACUACUCGGACCAGGAGCAGCAGGAUCGACUAGCGGCAGUCAUGGUGAAAAAGAGGUAG